CUGCCGGCACUAUGGGGAACAAUUUUUAUGUUCUGGAGUUCUCCUUUAAAACCUGUAGAGGAAGAGUGGUGCAGUUGCCCAUAGCAACCAGUCAGAUCACUUCUUAAAUAUUUCACAGGCCUCUUUAACCCCUUAAGGACAAAAAACGCGUUUUUACAUCUGAUGCCCGCUCCCGUUAUAUGAAGUGCGCUCAGGAGCUGAGCACCAUCCAUACAGGUGGGUAACACUUGCUAUGAGCAACCAGGACCCUCAGCUAAAGCAGACAUUGCCGAUGGCUGAUGUCUGGUAUUAAAGGGGUACUCCGGCCCUAAGACAUUUUAUCCCCUAUGCAAAGGAUAGGGGAUAAGAUGUCUGACCGCGGGGGUCCCACCGCUGGGAACUCCCGCAAUCUUGCAUUCGGCACCCACCUCUUUCAGCUGCAUGCCGACCACGGGGCCGGAGUAUCGCUAUGUCACGCCCCCACUAUGCAAGUCUAUGGGAGGGGGCGUGACAGCCGUCACAACCCCUCCCAUAGAUUUGAAUAGUGGGGGUGGGGGGUGAUGUCACACGGGGCAGAGUUGUGACGUCACGAUACCCCGGCCCCUUGGUCGGCACCCGGCAGUUUGCAAGCUGGCAGCGCGGCGUGCAGCUCAAUGAGGUGGGUGCCGAAUGCAAGAUUGCGGGGGUCCCCAGGUGAUGUCACGAGGGGGCGUGGCGUGAUGUCACAAACACUGCCGCCAGAACCCGGCAUUUGUUUAGAACACCGGGUACUGUGUGGAGAUGGCAGGGGGUCCCAGCAGAGGGACCCCUGCGAUCAGACAUCUUAUCCCCUAUCCUUUGGAUAGGAGAUAAGAUUUCCAGCAGUGGAGUACCCCUUUAAGAUAGUGGUACAUUUUGGUCGAUGCUUGCACCAUUUCUUUGUGAAAAAAUCCAAAAUUUCAUUAAAAAAAUUAAAAAAUAUGCACUUUUUCUAAACUGUUAGAGAAAAAUUUUUGUGAUUUACCAACAGCAGCUAAUGACAGCUCAGCUAACGAGCUCUGGUAAAGUGAAAGCUGAGCUGUGAUUGGUUGCUGUGGGAAAAUCACUCUUAUUUUUUUUCUCACACAGCUCAAUAAAUCUGGGCCACAAUGCUCUGCUUGUAAGGAAAAUGGUUAUCCCAAAUAAAUGAAAUUCAAAUAUUGUUUUACAUAUACAAUAUGUCUACUUUAUGUUGGCAUCAUAAGGUUGACAUGUUUUUUGAAGACAUUAGAGGGCUUCAAAGUUUAGCAGCAAUUUUCCAAUUUUUCACGAAAAUUUCAAAAUCACAAUUUUUCAGGGACCAGUUCAGUUUGAAGUUCAUUUGAGGGACCUUCAUAAUAGAAAUCCACCAAAAAUGAUCUCAUUAUAAAAACUGCUGUCCUCAAAGUAUUCACAAUGGCAUUCAGAAAGUUUGCUAACCUUUUAGGUUUUUCACAGGAAUAGCAGCACUGUGGAGGUGAAGAGUCAGAAUCUACAUUUUUUUUACACCUACAUGCUGUAGCCCCACAUUUUCAAUUUUAACAAGGGGUAAACGGAAAAAAAGAACCACAAAAUUUGUGACCCAAUUUCUCUUGAGUUUACUCUUGAGUACAAGGGAUAAACAAAGAAAAAUCUAAAUAAAGAUCCCUGGAAAGUGACCCCUACCUUAAAACUACAGUCCUCAAGGAACAUUACAAAGGGUGCAUUGAACAUUUAUACCCCACAGGCGCCAUAAUUGGUCAGUCCUCCAACAGACCAAUCGCUGCCUUCUUGGAGGUGGCGUCACAGCCACCUCCCAUCUAAUGCCGGAGGGUGAUUAGUGCUGUCUCUAAAGGCACCGAUCACCCCAUUUUUCCGGGCCACUGCGUCACCAGUGACGUGAUGGACCCGGAAAAGCCAUGAUUGGCUGGUCAGAAUUGACUGGCUAUUGACACCGAUUGCCAAUACGAGGGGGUCUCAGGGCACCCUUAGGCAAUGUACGAGGAUGGCUGCUGAUCAAUAUAAGCAGCCAUUCUGGCCCUAUUACCACAUGUAUAGCGUCGGUGAUCAGAAAAAGCCGGGGCAUACCUGUAUGUCCUGGUGUACUAAAUCCUAAGCGGCCAUGCCGUAAAGAUAUGCCCUGUCAGGGAUCGACCGGGGGGACAGGGAGAGUGAGCCCUAAACUUACCCUAAAACCAUCUCUCCCUGCCUACUUGCCCAUCCACCCUAAACGGUGAAUCGACAACUGGGCACCGGUCCCUCCCUGAACUAAAGUGCUUUGGGUCGAACUAAAUCUUGAUCAAACACUGAAGAAUCAGUAGGUAGUGUCUGCAGCUGCUACUCACAAAGGUCAAUUGUACCAACAUAUAGCCUUCAGUAUUUUCAGGCAGAGACAUCGGCAGCCUGAAUCUUGUUGAUCCAUUCCUAUCAAAGCAGCGGUUUCUGCUCCACGUUGGCUUAGCCGCCACAUGUUCCAGUAACGCGGUAGUCUGUGUGCUUUGGCAACAGUUGCGCGGUCCCCAAGGACAACUAAUGGCAGGAAGGCUAUAAAGAGCUUCGAUACUCAUCUUACUGAACUUCUGAGAUGAGGCUUUCUGAUGGCACUACCGGCAGAAUCACCAGCCCACCACUUGCUCUGGUGCCACUUUUUUGUUUUGUUCCUGUAUCCUGUGGAAGUGGACCAGAUGCAAGGAUUUCUGCAACCAAACCUGGAGACUGCAGAUACGUACCUCCGUUCCUGAGCCAAGCAAUGCGUCCAGGUGGCAAUUGUGGAGCCACCUGGGCGCCCAGAAUUGAGUUCACGCGAGAUGUGAAUUACUAUGUAAAUGGUGAUGGGUGCACGAUAGGGUCACUUGAGAAAGGGGGCGUGUCCUCCGAAAUGUCGUAAGUGUCUGGCACACUUGUCUACCCCUUCGUGAGAGGAAGGAAGGUCAGCUCCGUUAUGCCCGUGGAAGGGUGUAAUUUAUUCGGUCAGCUGAACAAGGACUGUUGGACGUACUCAGUGAGCACUUUGGAGUCUGAGACGACAAAUGACAUUAACCAUGAUGGUUAAUUGGAGACGAAGUUGCGGGGGUGGAGUCUGAUGCGCAGUUCCACCACGGCAGAGGAGUCAUGUGAUACCAGAGCAGUGUAUCUAGGUUAAAGCACAGUCAGCUUCCUUGUGUGCAGAGAACAAGUCCUAUGGCUUUCCUGGAGUUAGUGCUGCUCCUUCUUUUGCAGCGGACAUUUGCAACGCUAGAGGUCUUGCCUCCAUCAACUCAGCGGGUACUCAAUGGAUCCUCUGUGGUUUUGCCGUGCACCUUCUCUAUUAGUAAAAUGCCUUUUGAUCCUAAAUACCUUGCUAUAAUAUGGAGUUUUCAGGGCAAGCAGAUUCUAGUAUAUGACAAUAAAGGCAUAACCAAGGCUCCAAGGGUGACGUUUGAUGUAGAAGCAGUGAAAGAUGGAAGAGCUUCACUCACAGUGGUCAAUGUGUCUCUCUCUGAUGGUGGGACCUAUUCAUGCCUGGUUGUCUACAGUCCAGAAAGAACAGAAAGGAAUAUUAUAUUGGAGGUGCAAGUCAUGCCUACAAUCAUAUUACCUAAGCAAACUGUCCGUACAGAAAGCGAAAACACUUUGCACUGCCAGGCUGUUGGCUUCUUUCCUCGAGAUAUUGAAAUAACAUGGAUUUUAGAUGGGAAAACCCAAAAACAGUCUUUAAUUAGAGAACCAGUGAAAAAUGAAGACGGCACCUACAAUGUGACCAGUGAUGUGACGUUCACUGCUCUAAAGAACAAGAACUUAUCCUGCAUAGUCAAUCAUGGCUCCCUUCAUGAACCUCUGCAGGAGGACUUGCAGCUCAUAUAUGAAGGAACCUCAGCUGGGAUCAUUGCUGCCUGUGUCAUUGUGCCCUUGCUGAUAUUUCUUAUUGCUGGUGUUCUGUUGUGGAAACGAAAACCACGGAGGAAAGCUCUUGGAUCAUUUAUAAUAAGAGACAUUGAGGCUCCUCCUAAGCUGAUAGAUGGAGAGGAAGCCACCCUGCACUGUACAGUGGACAACGACCCUGAGGACCUGUGUGUGACCUGGUGGAUAAGAAGAUCUGGACAGGAACAGGAGAUCAAGACGUCUCAGAUGAGAGGACAUUCAGAAGAAGAAGAGAGUUUACUGGAUACGUCCUAUGUGAUCAGAUCCCAACGUGAUGGACAUCAGUACAAAGCAUCACUGAGCUUCAUACCCCAUAUAGAGAGACAUAGAGAUGUCACCUUCAUCUGUAGAGGAGUCUACGGUCAACAUCAGAAGGAGAAGACGUUUCACUGUAAGACUGUUUAUGGAAAGCCCAAGCUGUCACAGCCAGUAAUAAGAAGUCUGUUCAUCUCCGGAGAGGUUAAGUAUUUACUCAACUUGGAGAAAUUUUAUCCUAAAAGCAUUAAGAUUAUAUGGAGGUGUGGAGUAGAAAAAACUGAAGAAAUCCUAACAUCCACUGAAUCAUUAUCAGAUAAUCCUGACACAACCUACAACAUCUCCAGUGAGGUCAGGAUUCCUGAGGAUCGUCACAAGGAUCCAGCAUUCAGAGUACAGGUGACCUGGGAGCAUAAAUCUAUGGACAAACCAGAAUCCAGAGAGCUGUCCAUCAGAGAUCCAGAUUACAGAUGGACUCCAGUUGUAGAAGAGAUUCAGAUUCCCCGUCUAUUUCACGGCUCCGCGACCACACUGCAGUGUAAUAUCUCCGAAUACUUCCCGGACGCAGUCACUGUGAAAUGGCUUCUAUCUCCUGAACACAGUGCGGAGUUAUAUGAAGAGAUUAACACUGCUAAUAACCAGAGAAUAAUAUCCAGGAGAGAAUCUGAUAACACCUACAGCUAUACAACCAGUCUGACCAUCACCCCCACACGGGGAAAACAUCAGGGGGCAGUAUAUAUAUGUCUGGUGGACCAUCCCUCCCUGGAGAAACCCAUAGAGAGAAGAACAGGGAGGCUACAAGUCUAUGCUAAACCCCAAAUGUUGGUGCCCAUAGAGAAAACUAUCGCAAAUUCAUCUCGUGUUCAGUUCUCUCUGAACCUGCGGAACUUUUACCCUAAAAAUAUAACAAUCUCCUGGUACUUCGAAAAUACAUCUGGUAAACUGGAAAUAUCACCGCAGCAAACAGUCAGCACACAGGACAAUCAUCUCACAUUUAAUGUCACUAGUGUUGUCUCUAUUCCUCUUCAUCUUUUCAAUGACCAACAGACAAAAAUCCUUGUAAUGUGGAAACAUGAGAGUAUGGAGAUGCCAGAGACAAGAUCACUAAGUUUCAGAGAUCUGCCCUGGCGUCCACAUGUUGUAUCUAUCAAUGUCCCCAAACUGGAAGAUGAGACAAAAGCCACAAUAACCUGUGAUAUAUCCGGGUAUUUUCCUGAUCAUCUAUCUAUAUUCUGGUUCAUAAAGAAGGAUGGAAACCUGACGGCUCUGCCCAUAGAAUCAUCAAAGACGGAGAGGACUUACAAGAUCUCACAUAAGGAGAAGAGACAGAAAGAUAACACUUAUUCCUGUGAAGCUUCAUUGACUUUUACCCCAAUAAUAGGUUCAGACCAAGGAUCAGAAAUCAUCUGCAGAGUGGGUCAUCCCAGCGUGGAGGGUCCUAUAGAGAGGAGCAGCGGACCCCUACACAUAGGUGAAAAAAAACCAAUCUUGAACUUUGUCAAACAAUUAUUUAAUGACAAGGUCCCAUCAGUUACCGGAAAUAAGAAGACUGAGGAGCAUGAACAGCACCUUAUUAUGGGGGCAGCCAUGUUGCCUGUGCUGUUUGUAACAGCAUUUAGUAAUAUGCUUUACAGCAAGCCUCAGAACAUAGAAUCAAUGACAAUCUGCAGACAUUAUUCUCUAUAUGGGCAGGCUUGUAAGCAUACCCCGUGACCUGUGCAGAGGCCAAUCUACAGGGGAAGGCAAAAAACCCUAAUGAGGAUGAUGCUAAUUACCCCAUACGUGAAAAAUUUCUUCCAGACUCCAAUAUGGCAUCAGAAUAAAUCCCUGUAUCAACCUGAACUUGAGGAACUCUUCAUUAAACACCUGAACAACAACCAAUGGGGCCUAGAAUUCAGCGCAAACUCCAGUCAUGAAUCCAUCGUGUUUUUGGACCUCCAAGUGAGCCAUUGGGGAACCAGAAUAAUCACUAGAGAUGAGCGAACUUUUCAAAAAUUCGAUUCGGCCGAUUCGCCGAAUUUUCCAAAAAAGUUUGUUUCGAGCCGAAUUUUUUCGCGGCUAAUCUAUAUUAAAAAAGGCUAUUUCUAGCCUACAUACAGCCUCUAUAGGGGUAUAGAACACUUUGCUGUGUUCUAAAAUGCAUAUGGAGUGUGCUGGGGUAGUGAAAUAAUACUGUUAUUCAGAAUAACAUGCAGAUUAUCGGCCUCGCUUUUAGAAUCACUG